CAUCCUGCUGUCAGAUCUGGGGUUCUGAGCGUGCUGCUUGCAGUCUGCAGCCUGAGAGUCCCCACAAUUCAUCUUACAGGAGCUUCAAGAACCAACUGAUGAAAGUCUUGGUCUGAGGCAGUGCCUUCAGAUCACAGAGAAGAAAAGGCCCAGGCAGCAUCAAAGAGUCAAGGCUGGUGGCCUCCAUCGACCAGCCGCUACCCACCCUUGUGCCAGCUGCCCCCAGGAAAGCCAAGAUGCAUGAGGAUCAGAGGAGUCAGCUCUACAGGCCUGAAGGACAACCCCAGGCCCAAGGAGAGGCACCAGGCAGUGAAUUCCAUGAUGGCACAGGUGCCUGCCAGGACCCAACAGCACAUGAAUCCUCACAUCUGGGGACACUAGAAGUGAAGAUGGGUGAGUUGCUGCAGCUCCUGCUCCAUAAGUAUCGAAUGAAGGAGCCGAUCACCAAAGUCGAAAUGCUGUCAUGUGUCGGCAAAAAUUAUGAAGACCAAUUCCCUGCGAUCUUCAGUAAGGUGUGUGGGUGCAUGCAGCUGGCCCUUGGCAUUGAUGUGAAGGAAGUAGACCCCGUGGGUCACUCCUAUGAGCUUAACACUGCUCUGGGCCUCACCUAUGAUGGGAUGCUGGAUGAUGAUCAGAGCAUGCCCAAGACUAGCCUCCUGAUAAUGAUCCUGGGCCUGAUCUUCUCAGAAGGCAACUGUGCCUUUGAGAAGGAGCUGUGGGAAUCUCUGAGUGUCAUGGGGGUGUAUGCUGACAGGGAGCACCACAUCUACGGGGAGCCCAGGAAGCUCCUGACUGAAGAAUGGGUGCGGGAAGGUUACCUGGAGUACUUGCAGGUGUCCCACAGUGAUCUUGCUUGCUGUGUGUUCUUGUGGGGGCCACGGGCCCAUGCUGAAACCACCAAGAUGAGAGUCCUGGAGUAUUUGGCCAAGUUCAGUAACACUGAUGCCAGGUCCUUCGCAUCUCUGUAUGAAGAGGCUCUAAGAGAUGAGCAAGCAAGGGUCCAAGCAGGAGAUGCAGUUGGGGCCGGUGGGGGAGCCAGGGCCUGAGCCAGAUUCACUUCCAGCAGCUCCUCCCGCCCAUUUUAAACCAAUUUCCAGGCUUGUUUGAAGAGAGAGUGGUCAGCAUUCUGAGUAGUGCAAGGGCGGGGAGGGUUGGAGGACACACGCGGUAUUCCAUUUGUGUGAUCUUGUUUUAUUUGUUUGGUGUCAACGUUGACCUUUGUAUUUCUCAAAUAUUUUGGCUGAUAAACAAAAUUUCAAAUGCCUUCAUCAUGGGGGUUGUUGAAUGACAGUAGUCACACAUUUAUUGCUGUUACCUACUUGAGCUUUAUGAGACUGUUGCCAUGUGAUCAAUAAAUUGGGAAAUGUA